UACGUGCGGCAAAUUCAGCAAUAGUUUCUGUGAAUCUCAAAUCACUAUUUCUUGAGGCACUGACUAGCUUUAAAGCUCAAAUGUCUGUAUUCAUCACCUUUAGCUGAGCUGUUUUGAGUUUUUUUAAGUUUGCUAAGAUAGGAGACUAUUUCCUUAGCUGCUUUGCCACUGAAACUAAGGGGAGAUUUAAGAAAAGAUUUACGAUAACAUAUCCCGAGUUGGUUGGUAUUACUACAUCUCUGGGUUUCUUCGCACUGGAUAAGAAAGUCCUGUUCAUGCCCUCUUUGUUCCAAACUACCGGUACCAGUUCACGGAGAACAUUCAGCGAAUCGCUUUAUCCCGUUCUAAAGGGAUAACUACCGAAAAUUGCAUCGCGACGAAUACAUCAAUCUAAGAUUGCUUUGUGAAAUAAUAAGCAUAGCUUGAAAACUGAGGAAAGCUGUGAAAUAACUCUUGGAUCUAUAUCGAUCGCUUUCACAAAGUGGAUCGAAUACUGGGCUUAUACGGAAAGCUAUUAAUAAUAAAUGAGUGGAUGAAAUAAUAAUUCUGGCCACAUAAACGCUCUGUAACUUGGCCCAAAGUCGAAGGCCUAGCGAGAAUUAGGACGUCAAGGAGUCCUUUUUACGACGAAAUGAACCUAAAUUCGAAAUGGUGGCUUUUAAUAGGAACUUUACUUAGCCAAAUUUGGCUUCCGCGAGCAACUGCCAAAAAGAACAUCGCCCUAAAGCAUCGAUUGAGAAAAGAAGUACGGUCAGCCGAAAAUGCCAGGGUUAAAAAGGACAUGAUGCAGCCAUUUCCCCAGAUGGAGCCCGAUAUGGGUUCAAUUGCCAAUGCUGGAGUAGAAAAACCGCAGCCACGCAUGCUUGCACCAGGAUAUUACUCUCAAGAAUGCAAUACCCACAAACCUUGUGACCCAGGAAAGUACUGUCACAUGUUUCUGUGUGUACACUGUUUAAAGGAAAAUGUGGCCUGCACUCAAAAUGGUCAAUGUUGUCAUGGCCAAUGCACAUAUGGUCGAUGUAAAAAAGAUGCUUCUGGAGGUUCUCCAGGAACAUUCUGUGAUCGACACGAUGAUUGUAACGACCCUCCUGGGACGUGUUGUGUUAGAGAACCAGCCAUCAAUCCGCAUAUCUCCGUUUGCAAACCACCCUUGGAGGAGAACAUGGUUUGUGGUCCAAUCAACUUCUUUAAAAAUGUUUACAUCGGAGCUCAGGUGCAAAGAGCUUGCGGACCAUGCAAGGCGGGACUUGUAUGCAAGCAAGUUGGAAUAUUUGGGGUACAUGAGAUUUGUGUGAAAGAAGAUGACAAGUAAUUUUUGGGGCUCAAGUAGAAAGCUUUUUGAAUGGUGUAAGGACUGCAUCAAAAUAUUUGUUAACGUGCCAUCAAGAAUGGAAGGAUUUCAUCGUUCUCGAAAGUUUGAUAAAGCUUGUGAAUGGGAUCGUAGGUUCGCAUCUAAUCUGUUUCUUUCAAAUGAAAAUUUCCUAGUCGGAUAAUUGUAAAAGGUAAUUUGCAUUGAUUACAUUCAUGUGGAUGAUGAGUACCCUUAAACCUAACAGAUACAGUCGAGACUCACGAGAGCAUGUUAUUUUGAACCAAUGAUUUUCAGACCAUUCAAUUUGAUGUCUGAAAAUGCUUUUUACUUUGCACUAAGCCUUGGAAAUCUAAGCUCGGUGAUUUACUGGAGAACUUAUAACCUCGCUAUUUUUAUCGUGUAUAAAAGUGCAUAAAGUUGAUCACGAAAUCUUUUUUAUAAUAGCUAAGACUAUAAACAUAAACGUCUCUCAGUAUACUCUGUUAUUGUUAUUAUUUAAUUUCCCGUUAAGUGCUUGUCAUCGGUGCUAAAAAAGAAUAAAAUGUAUUUUCUUAUAUUGAGGUAAAUCUAUGUUUGUAUCGUCAAAAAUUUAGUGGACUUUAAGUAAGAAAACUGGGUCAAGUAGGGAUUCUAGUCAAAACAGUAUGGGUUUGUUGGCGAGGGAUGUUAGAAAACAUUUCUGCGUAGUACGUUACCACUGAUGCUACUUAUUGUAUUUUCUUUUCGAUUCUGAACUGGAGAUGUUGAUGUCAGAUAAAUUAUUUAUUUCACGUACUUGCUAAAAUAUAAAAGCAAAGUUUAUUUCACACCAGAGUACAGCACAGAAAGAGAAUGUGCCAUUACACGACCGUCUUAAUUCCACACUUACAUAUUGCGAAAGCAGCAUGCAUGCAGUUAUUGGCAUUAAUGCCAGUCAGCGGAAAUGGCAUUUUGUUUAAUUAUAUGUUAAUUAGCUAUUAAUCUACUAGUGGCUACAAAAUUGAAAUGGUAAAUUGGCCACCGUAACGAUUACAAAAGCUGAC